AUGACAUCCCUAUCCCGGGCGCUGCUAGACAGACGUCGAAAUGUGUCUAGUCCGCUCUCGUUAUUCCUGAAACUGUCGAAAUGGAAGCUGUCGCUCUGGGUCAGCGCCACUGGCGCCAGCGGCUUCCUCAUGAAAACACCUGCGUUAUCGCCUGACUUUUUUUACGCAUGUGGAGGAGUGUUCCUCUGCAGUUCAGCGGCACAUGUGUUUAAUCAAAUCAUGGAACGAAAAACGGAUGCUCUCAUGGUCAGGACACGUAAUCGACCACUUCCAACCAGAGAGAUAACUCCACGUGGUGCAGCAGUUCUAGGAAGUGCUUCUGCACUAGCCGGGUCGUCAUUGCUGUGGCUUACAGGCGACAGCGUUGCAGCCCCGCUAGCCCUCAUGAACGUUGCGCUGUACACGUGCGGCUAUACAGUAUUAAAACGUUAUACGGAGUGGAAUACACAUGUGGGCUCAAUCGUCGGAGCGAUACCACCGCUUAUAGGUUAUGCCGCGGCUGGGGGUUCGAUCAUGGCACCCGAUCCGUGGAUGCUUUUCGGAAUGAUGUACGUGUGGCAGCUGCCGCACUUUUAUUCGCUUGCGUGGCUCCAUCGUAAGGACUAUCUCAACGCGGGACUGAAAAUGUUUGGUACGACGGAUGAAUCGGGCAGAUCCACCGCUCUAGCAUCCGUUAAAUGGGUUACCAUUCUGACGUCAAUGCCAAUGGUCUACUCGUACUACGGUUUGAUAUCACCCAGCUUCGCCAUCGUCUCGCUACUCCCCAACCUCUUUGUAAACUAUAGAUGCCUUCGUUAUCUUGAUAACCCGUGCAAAGAGGAGGCGAGAGCAUUCUUCUUACACUCGCUAUGGCAUGUGCUCAUGCUGGUGGGUCUUGCGUCCUACUACGUCGCAACGGAGAAUGAAGAUGUGAAAAAGAAAGACCGAAUAUCUUCACGGUCUAACUAA